AGUUGGAUAAUCAAUUUAUUAACUAAUACAACACAAAUAAUUAUAAUCACGAUUCUUCUCUUCCUCUUGGCAACAGUCUCUUGAUUUUCCUGGAAAAUCAAACACUCGACCACUGCUUUGUUCCUGCACCCAAAACCUUCCGCCGGAACCCAACUCGCCGGACCUCCCGACUUUACCAUGGCUCCUCCACACAGCGGCGGACCAGACGCUGCAGCAGGUGAAGCCGUCGCUGCUCCAGUUGACCAGCAGCAACAACAGCGUCCCAUUUCUUCCAUCCUUAUAAUCAUCGCUAUGCAAACUGAAGCGACGCCUUUAGUCAACAAGUUCCAGCUCAAGGAGGACCUUGAUGCUGUGUUUCCAAAAGGUGCUCCCUGGGUCAGGUACUACGGUACAUACAAGGAUCUGCAAAUCAAUUUAGUAUGGCCUGGAAAAGAUUCCACCCUUGGUGUUGAUUGUGUCGGCACAGUUUCUGCAGCUCUUGUGGCUUAUGCUGCAGUUCAAGCUCUAAAGCCUGACUUAAUCAUUAAUGCGGGCACAGCAGGCGGCUUCAAGGUAUGCAUGCAUGUCUCCUUGUCCCUUUAUUUCUCAUUUAAAUAGUAAAGUCCGUCGAUCGUAUUUGGAAGAGGUACCAGUUUUCCUGGAACUGCCUGUUGAUAACAUGCAUCCUCACUUAAUGGGGAAAGAACAGUUAAAUGCAAAACGCGAUAAGAACACUUAUUGCAUUUCGUAAAGAGUUCAUUUUGCUAAAUAAUAUAGUGAAUUCUGUAUUUUGCCUCGUGCUGAUUGUAAGCGGUUUCUAGGCAAAAGGUGCUGGUGUUGGGGAUGUAUAUCUGAUAUCUGGUGUUGCUUUUCAUGACCGGAGAAUUCCCAUUCCUGUUUUUGAUCUAUAUGGAGUAGGUUCAAGGAAGCCCUGUUCGACGCCCAAUAUAGUAAAAGACCUUAACUUAAAGAUUGGUAAACUUUCCACCGGAGAUUCUCUGGACAUGUCGCCUCAGGACGAGGCAUCAAUCACUGCAAACGAUGCUGCAGUGAAAGAUAUGGAGGGUGCAGCUGUUGCCUAUGUAGCCGAGAUGUUGCAAGUCCCUACGAUAUUCAUCAAAGCAGUGACUGACAUUGUCGAUGGCGACAAGCCGACUACCGAGGAAUUCCUGAAGAAUCUAGCAGCAGUAACUAUUGCACUUGAUGAGUCAGUCACCCAAGUAGUCGAUUACAUCGAUGGGAAGUGUCUUUGUGAACUUUGAAACUCUGAUGUCUCACAGAAGAUCAUUCAAGGUCUAGUGUCAUUAAGUUUUCUACGCUUGCAAUUAUACUGGGUUUUGAUGUAUGCUCAUUGUUAGGUCAUGUCUGUUACUGAUGCCAAUAACUUAGACCUCAUGUUGUUGAGAACAGUUUACUUAGAAAAAUAUGACCUUUCACACAAGAAGUACCUAAUCUCUACCCACAGCUUUCAAACAUAACCCGCAUGAAUGCCCUACUUCUCUUCCACUUGUUUUAUAUAACAGCAAGCAAGUUGCAAGCUUUCCAUACCCUUCCAUGUAAAUCAAACUCCAUGAUGCUUUAAGCAUAUGCAAGCCCAGUCCUAUAUAAACCAAAUCCUUCAUUUCAAGCACAGAACUUUCAGAGACGAGUGAAAGGUGUAGCUAUGGAUGCUAAGGUAAAUGGCAGCACAACGAGAAAAGCCAGCCCUGGCAAAGCUACAAUCCUGGCUCUCGGCAAGGCAUUCCCUCACCAGCUUGUCAUGCAAGAGUUCCUCGUCGACGGCUACUUCAGGAACACCAACUGCGAUGAUCCGGAGCUCAAGGAGAAGCUAACUCGACUAUGCAAGACGACGACUGUGAAAACUAGGUACGUAGUAAUGUCGGAAGAGAUACUCAACAAGUACCCUGAACUCGCCACCGAAGGUCAGCCCACAGUCAAGCAAAGGCUGGACAUCUGCAACGACGCUGUGACUCGAAUGGCAAUCGAAGCUUCGGAAUCCUGCAUCAGGAAGUGGGGGAAGUCGGUCUCUGACAUAACACACCUGGUCUACGUCUCCUCGAGCGAGGCCAGGCUGCCAGGUGGUGAUCUCCACCUGGCCAAAGGUCUGGGGCUGAGCCCUGAUACGCACAGAGUAAUGCUCUACUUCAUGGGCUGCUCAGGAGGCGUAGCAGGGCUCAGAGUCGCAAAGGAUAUCGCUGAGAACAACCCGGGGAGUCGGGUUCUUCUUGCUACUUCUGAAACCACCAUCAUUGGGUUCAAGCCGCCUAGCGCGAGCAGGCCGUAUGAUUUGGUUGGAGUGGCAUUGUUUGGUGAUGGCGCUGGAGCGAUGAUCGUUGGCACGGAUCCCAUUCCUGGGGCCGAGUGUCCGCCUCUGUAUGAGCUUCACACUGCGAUUCAGAACUUCUUGCCUGAUACAGAGAAGACCAUUGAUGGUAGAUUGACUGAAGAGGGGAUCAGUUUCAAGCUUGCGAGGGAGCUUCCUCAGAUUAUAGAGGAUAACAUUGAAGGGUUCUGUCAUAAGUUGAUGGGAGUUGUGGGGAUGUCUGAGAAGGAUUAUAACAAACUGUUCUGGGCUGUUCACCCAGGUGGACCGGCGAUCCUGAACCGGGUGGAGAAGAGGCUCAAUUUGAUGCCUGAGAAACUGAAUGCGAGCAGAAGAGCACUGAUGGAUUAUGGUAAUGCUAGCAGUAAUACCAUUGUUUAUGUGCUGGAGUAUAUGGUGGAGGAAGGGUUGAAGAUCAAGGAGAAGAAAAACGGAGAUUGUGAAUGGGGUUUGAUUCUUGCUUUCGGCCCAGGGAUCACCUUUGAAGGGAUCCUAGCAAGGAACCUCACAAUCUAAUGAAUGUGUAUUUCUUUGGCAUAGAAGCCUCUGUAUCAAUCUGAAAACUUCCAUGCCGCUUUUCUUACCGUCUUUGUUCUGCUGUUCAAUCAAAAGCAAUAACAUAGAAGACCUGCAAUUCGUGUUCAUGAUAAGUAACUGGUUUACUGUCAAUAUGCAUUCAACUACAAAAGACACGGUCUUUGACGCAAUAAAGUUAAUUUCAGCUAUGAAAAUUAUGUUCAAUACAGUUAGCCAACUAAGUUUUUGGCAGUGUUAAUUUACAAAAAUCCCCCACUCUACUUCAAGUUCGAGACGUCGUAAUAACGAAAAACCCGUGUGGGAAACAGAAGAGAGGUUGCAGACUUGCAGCGAUGGCAUUGCAUAAGUUAAUUGUGAAGGCAAGCAUC